AUGUUUGGCGAUGAUGCAAAAAAAGAAAUUAUGAAAAUUCCGCAUUCAGACGAUACAAUAAAAAACAGAAUUAUACACAUGUCAGAUGAUAUUGAGAAAACUGUCACUAACAAGCAUACUACUAAUAAAAUAUAUUUCGCUUUGCAAAUUGACGAGUCUACUGAUAUCAGUGGUAUAGCUCACGUACUAGGAUUUGUUCGUUUCAUUGAUGAAAAUAAAAUAGUGAAUCAAUUUUUAUGCUGUAAACAACUUACUGAACGUACAACAGGACAGAAUGUUUUUGAUUCAAUUUCGUCAUAUUUAGAUAAAUUUAACAUAACAUGGGACCAAUGUGUAGGAAUCUGCACCGAUGGAGCUCCUUCAAUGGUUGGUUCUAUUAAAGGAUUUACAACAUUAGCGAAGAAAAAAAAUCCUAAUAUCAUAUCUACACAUUGUUUUUUACACCGAGAAUCACUUAUUUCGAAAACAUUACCUAUUACAUUAAAGUCUGUAUUGGAUAAAAUUGUAAGCAUGGUUAACUACAUAAAAUCGCGUCCAUUACAAUCACGCCUAUUUAAAAAACUGUGUGAAUCAAUGGAAGCUCAGCACGUAUGUUUACUUUUACAUUGUGAAGUAAGAUGGUUAUCGCGAGGUAAAGUUCUAAAUCGAAUUCUGGAACUUAAGAAUGAAUUGUUAAUGUUUUUUCAAAACGAAGGUAACACUGUUUUUAUAUCUUUUCUUACAAACGAUAUUUGA